GAUCCAUUUGUUCCUGCCACUAAGCUCACCUCAGCACUGGCUACUCAGCUUCAGAUUCCCAUCAAGUUUGAGUAUGCUAAUGGUGUGGUUGGAAAGGUAUUUGCCCCUGCAAGAGUCUCCCCUACGGUACUGAACUUACACAGAGGUAUCCUCAACAUCCUUCAGCUCAACCUCAAGAGGACCCAGAACAUCUAUGAACUGCAAGAAGCUGGAGCUCAGGGAGUGUGCAGGACCCACUAUGUCAUCAAUGAGGAUCCAAAGACCAACCACAUUAUGGUUACCAAGUCUAAGGAUCUGAGCCAC